CCUCCCCUCAGUGUUCUACCGGCUGACGGAAUGAUGCCGUUGAAUCGUGUGCUUCUAGUGAUCGGGCUGUGUGCCGUGAGUUUCAGAGUUGCGGUGGGACUGAACUGCUAUGUAUGUUCCGAGACUCAAUGCGUGGAUGGUUCAACCACCGGUACCUCUGAACUAUGCAAUGGAGUAGACGACAAGUGUUUCACUAAGUUCGAAGGAUAUGUGCCGAUUCGUCGCGGAUGUUUGUCACAGCUGUCGACCAACGAACAGGCUCAGUGUACCGGAAGUGGGUGUAGCUCGUGUGCCUCCGAUAAUUGCAAUGUACUCAGCAGAGCGGACCACACCUGUGUUGUUUGUUCAUCGGUGGUCAGCGAGGAUUGUGUCAGUAAUCCCGACAGUUUACCAUCUCAACAAUGCGGAGCGGCCAGUAUAGAUGUUGCGGAAACACAGUGCUAUUCGCGAGUUAUCGGAAAUGUCACGGAACGCAACUGCGUCCGAUCGCAGCAGGACCUGGACGCCUGCGACGGUUCGCAGUGUGAAACCUGUUCCGGAGCAGGAUGCAACAGCUACGAGUUUCCGACCGGUCGGCAGAAAUGUGUCGAUUGUGUGGGAGAGCUGUGCGACGAUCCGUCGGCCACUACCAGUCACUGCUCUCGGCCAGAUGAUAACUGCAUUACCAUUCGAAGGACUAACGGAUCUGUUACAAAAUCCUGCGAAGGGGCGCUGAGCGAGUCGGAUCAACAGCAAUGCCAACCGGGUCAGGCUGAGUGUGCUUACUGUGGAAAUAAUGAAUGUAACAGAGGAGUGGUCAAUUUUACGACGACCCGCGAGUGCUACACGUGUGAAGGGACCUCGUGUUUGCGAUCUUCGCUGGAAAUCGAAACCUGCCACAACGUGGACGAUGAUUGCUUUAGCUUGUUCGAAGGAUUUAAUCCAAUACGGCGUGGCUGCAGAUCUGCGCUCAGUCGUCAGGAGAAGGAUACUUGCGAUGAUCCCGAUAAUGUUUACUGUGAUCUCUGUGAAACCGACGUGUGCAAUCUCAGCAGUCGUCAGGAUCACUUCUGCUGGUACUGCUCAUCGGUUGUGGAUGGUGAGUGUAUCGCAAGCCCACAGAACAUCGUUCGAUGUCCCGCUCCGGACACUGAGAUCAGUGAUGAGGCGCAGUGCUACACGAAAAUUAUUGGCGGAGUAACGGAAAGAGGCUGCCUCGGCUCGGCGGUUAACGCUUUGGAAUGCAAAUCACCGGGGAAUUGCGAGAUGUGCGCGAUUGAGGAUGGUCAACCCUGUAAUGGGAACGUUUUCCCUGCCGACCGGAUAAAGUGUGUGGUCGGCGGUGAUUUGGAUCAAUACUGCGCGAAUCCGGCGGACAGCUGUGUGCAAAUUAUGAGGCAUGGGGAGAGCAUCAUCAAAAAGUGUCAGUCGGCGAUGAGCGCGGGGGAAGUGGCCUUCUGUAGAGCUAACAGCAAUAAGUGUGAUUUUUGUGACUCGGACAAUUGCAACGAGGAAGAUCAGUCGUUUGACUAUAUCAAAUGCGUAACUUGUUCGUCCGACGAUGACCUGGACUGCGCCAACAAACCAAUGGAAAUCGAGACCUUGGGAGUAUGCAACACUUGCGUUGUUAUCCUCGCCAACAACACGGGUGCUCGACCGACCAUUCGACGUGAUUGCUUGGACAUGCUGCCACCGGAGGAACAGCAGCAAUGUCUUUUCCCCACUAGCUCUGAUUCGGAGUUCUCAUGUAUGACCUGCGAUAGCAAUCGUUGCAACGAGAUAGUCUACCCCGCCGAUCGGCUCUCCUGCUAUACUUGCGAUGGAGAAUCGUGUUUCUCGCAUGAUACAAUCAUGAUUGAGUACUGUCCGUACUAUCAAAAAGAUGAUGCUUGUGUUACCCAAAGAAGCACGAACGGUACACUGAUCGGAAUGGGUUGCAAGAGUAUGCUUACGCCGUACGAGGCUCAGGAUUGUGGUGCUCAUCCCGAGGUCUGCAAGAUUUGCAACUUUUCGAGGUGUAAUGAUCCUGUGGCGUAUUUGGGCAGUGGCAACUGCGUUCAAUGUAACAGCUCAUUAGACGCUAACUGCAUUGGACGUGCCAAAAAUAUAGACACCCAACCGUGUAAUGAUCCGCUGAACAGAAAAUGCUACACACGACUCGUUUCCGGAUUGACCGUUCGAGGUUGCCUGAGUGACUUAGAUGAUGCAGCGAAGACUCAAUGCCAGCAGGGGCAUAACUGCACGACAUGUAAUUCGACCAAAGCGAAUUGUAACGUUGACACUUACCCACCGAAUAGGCUGGCUUGUUACACGUGUUUACAUGCGCCCUGCAACUCGCACAGCUCCAUCUUGUAUGAAUACUGUCCUACGGUUCUUAGAGAUGACAGCUGCAUUGUACAGAAAAAUUCUUCAGGGCAUUUAACUAGAAUGGGUUGCAAAAGUACACUGAAUUCCACCGAACUGAGCACUUGCACCGGAAAUCCUCAGCUAUGUCAAUCGUGCUCUACACCAGGAUGCAACGACCCGGACAAAAUAUUCGGCGAUUUCAGUUGCGUGAGAUGUUCGAGCACACACAACUCGGACUGUAUCGGUGGAACGUACCAACUGGAAACCGAAAAGUGCAACGAUCCCACAAACCGCCAAUGUUACUCACGACUAUUGAACAACAGUGUCACCGAGCGAGGAUGUCUCGCCGAUCUGGAUACCUCGUCACAGUCAAAAUGUCUCCAAGGUCUGGACUGCAGCGUAUGCGUCUCGUUUGGACCGGCGUGCAACUCCCGACAAUACCCCGAAAGUCCACUCAAAUGCUACCAGUGUAAUUCAACCCAGGAUGGGACCUGCCGAAACGUCCAACACGGAACCGCACCCUACUGCACACCGUUCAACAGUGGAAACAAAUGCUACACCAUCGUUCAACAGAAUGGAGACACGGUUCGCAAAUGCUCUGCACUCGAACGGAGUACUCAAUGCGCUGACGUGAAGCUUUGUGAGGUUUGUCUUUUCGACGGUUGCAACGGGAGAAAUUCGUCGACAAUUGCGCAGGCGAACGUCACCCAGACUACGGUCGUACCAUUCCUGCACUGUUCUGCGAGAAAUGUCGUUGCGAGUGUAGGUCCGAUUCUAUCCGCCGCGUUAGUGAUUGUGAUUUUUGCUGUGAAUUAUGUAUGAAUAUGGCUAUAAGAAUUAAUAAAUUAUAAAUUAAUAUAAA